UGUAAGUACAGCGACAGAGAUCGUCAAAACCGGGUAAACUGAUCGUAUCACAAGGGAUAAUACUUCGUGUUCAAGUGGGAUUGUUUUCAACGUAACUAAAAUAAAAAAGGACUGUGCCACAAUUGAAAAUUGGAACAGAAAUACCCCGAGCUUGGGUGAAUACCAAGCUUUGGAUACGGGCGUUAUUAUUGAGGAAUUAUACAGGAUUUACACAACUUUGGAGAGAAUUGAAUUGGAUUCUGCUGGUUGCUUCCUAAAUGACUUUUAUGAGUGGAAUCGAAGUACUUUGCGGCGGGAAGUAACAAACAGGGACCCAGGAUCUCCCUCUCUGCGUCUGGAAGCAGACGGAAAACGGUGAUGGACGGGCUGUGGCUGAUGCGGACCCUCUCGGUCCUGGCUGUCUGCGCCCUGGGGUCCCGGGGUGACCCUCUUUCUGCGCCACGAGUCUUCCUGUCCUUCAAAGAACUGAGGUCCACCGGCACUGCCCACCAUUUCUCCUUCCUGCUGAACACCACUGACUACCGAAUCCUGCGCAUGGACGAGGACCACGACCGAAUGUACGUCGGCAGCAAGGACUACAUCCUCUCUCUGGACCUCCAUGACAUCAACAAGGAGCCUCUUAUUAUCCACUGGCCUGUGUCCCCGCAGAGGAAAACCGAGUGUGUUUUAUCGGGGAAAGACACCAACGGGGAAUGUGGGAACUUUAUUCGUCUGAUCGAGCCAUGGAACCGUACACACCUGUACAUAUGUGGGACCGGCGCCUACAAUCCUGUCUGCACCUAUGUGAACCGAGGACGCAAGGCACAGGCUGCCCUACACCUGCAGAUGCCCCAGUCCGGAGGGAGGGCCAGCCGCGCCGCAGACUACAGCACCACGCCUGAGCCAAUGGCACACCAGGAAUACAUUUUCCGUUUGGAGCCAGGCAAAGUGGAUUCUGGGAAAGGAAAAUGUCCCUAUGACCCCAAACUCAACAGUGUUUCGGCUUUGAUCAAUGGAGAGCUCUACGCUGGGGUCUACAUUGACUUCAUGGGAACAGACUCAGCCAUUUUCCGCACUCUGGGGAAGCAGACCGCCAUGCGGACAGACCAGUAUAACUCCAGAUGGUUAAAUGAUCCCACUUUCAUCCACGCACACCUCAUUCCUGACAGCGCUGAGAGGAACGACGACAAGCUGUACUUCUUCUUCCGGGAGAAGUCCUCGGAAAUGGGUCAGAACCCCGUGGCUCAGUCUCGGAUCGGCAGGAUCUGCCUGAAUGAUGAUGGUGGCCACUGCUGCCUUGUCAACAAGUGGAGCACCUUCCUGAAGGCACGGCUCAUCUGCUCGGUGCCAGGGGCCGACGGGAUCGAGACACAUUUUGACGAGCUCCGGGAUGUGUACAUCCAGCAGACGCAGGACACUAAGAAUCCGGUCAUCUAUGGAGUCUUCUCGGUCUCUGGGUCUGUCUUCAAGGGCUCUGCUGUGUGUGUCUACUCCAUGGCUGACAUCCGCAUGGUAUUCAAUGGACCAUUUGCUCACAAGGAAGGGCCCAACUACCAGUGGGUGGCGUACACAGGGAAGAUCCCAUACCCCCGGCCUGGGACAUGCCCAGGGGGGACCUUCACGCCCAACAUGAAGUCCACCAAGGAUUACCCGGAUGAAGUCAUUAACUUCAUGCGGAACCACCCCACCAUGUACAACGCCGUGUACCCGGUGCACAAGCGCCCCCUGGUGGUCCGGACGAAUGUUGACUAUGAGUUCACCACCAUCACAGUGGACCAGGUGACAGCUGCAGAUGGGAGUUAUGAGGUGCUCUUCUUGGGGACAGAUCGAGGCACGGUUCAGAAGGUGAUUGUCCUGCCCAGAGAUGACCUGCAGACUGAGGAGCUGGUCUUGGAAGAGGUGGAAGUGUUCAAAGUUCCAACUCCAAUUACAACAAUGAAAAUUUCAUCAAAAAGGCAACAGCUAUACGUGGGCUCGGCGGUGGGCGUGACUCACCUAGCCUUGCACCGCUGCGACGUGUACGGGGAGGCUUGCGCCGACUGCUGCCUCGCCCGCGACCCCUACUGCGCCUGGGACGGGAAGUCAUGUUCGCGGUACUCCGCAUCCCAAAAAAGGCGCAGCCGACGACAGGAUGUAAAGUACGGCAACCCCAUUCGGCAGUGCAGGGGCUACAAUUCCAAUGCCAAUAAGAACACCCUGGAGAUGGUGCAGUAUGGGGUUGAGGGCAGCAGCACCUUCCUGGAGUGUCAGGCGAGGUCACCCCACGUGUCAAUCAAAUGGCAUCUACAGAAGGACAACAGUGACAGGAAAAAGGAGAUGCGUUCAGAUGGGCGUGUGCUAAAAACCGAGCAGGGCCUGCUGCUGCGGUCGCUGCAGCAGUCCGACAGCGGCAUGUACCACUGCACCUCCACCGAGAAGAAUUUCAAGCACACCCUGGUCAAGCUGCAGCUAGUGGUGCUGUCUAGCCGGGCCAUCAACAACGUCCUGGCGGAAGUCGGUGGCCCAGUGGCAGCCACGGCUUCGCUCCAGUCCAGCGCCUGGACACCCAGCGCGGGCCAGUAUAAGGACCUCCUGACCAUCCUGAGCCAGCCCGAGAUGAGUCUCAUCAAUCAAUACUGCCAGGACUACUGGUAUCUGGGCAGCAGCAGCCCCAAAGACCCCAUGCUGGCCGCCAUGAGAGGGAAAGACCUAAAGGAGAUGAAGGACCAGAAGAAACCACGCAACCGCCGGAAUCACGAUGAGCAAACUGGGGUGCAGGAGACAUGAGGAGUCCACCCCCUCCCUUUACAUGUGCACACACAGACAUACAGACACACACACAUACACAUACACACACGCAUUUAUACACACGCAUUCACACAUAUCCAAUAAUUGGAGAGACUCAGUCAACAAGAAAACAAAUCACUAUACUACAAAAGAACUACAAGAGAGAAAAUCUAAAUAAGAAACAGAAAACAAGCAAACAGAAGCUCCUCCUAACAGCUAAAAAAUAUAAGAUACACAAUAUUUAUUGUAGGUUGUACAUAGUAUUCUGUGGAUUUCUUUGUACUUAAAUAGAAAAAGGCUCUUUGUGUAUAGAUACCU